AUGUCAGCGUCUCUGUGUCAUGCACAACAGAAGCAGUUGGCAAUUUCAUUUUCGCUCGUCCUUCUUUUUUGUAUUAUUUCUCUUCGGUACACCUCCAGGAACGUUCCUUCCCACCGCCCAGUCGCUUUCGUUGACGCUCCUUCGCCGUUGUCCAUCAAACCAUGCCCGGUGCAUUCGCGAGACCUUGAAGUAUACAAGAGACCAAUUGAUGGUCGGCGACAAUUAUGUGCCGAGAGCUCCCAAGGAGCUGGCGGCACACGCUGCAUGUCACCGUACGGCACUCUUCAGCCAAUAUGGAUGUACGAUUGGGGUAAGGUCAGUGUGGACUGGGAAACGAAAACUUUCCGUCAUCUAUUCAGACCUGAACGCCAGUUCUCCCUGCUAAGGGACUUCCAUAAAUACGAGCACGAUGGACCUUGUCCCAAACGCAGUGAUGUCGACGUGGACUACUACCAGCGAGCUGCGCUAACGAUGGCAACGCUUGAAGCCGCGCGGGAGAGUUUUGUGAUGUUCGAACUCGGCGGUGGGACAUGCAGAUGGAUAAUCGAUGCUUUUCGAUUUAUCGGGAUGAACAGACCAUACAUUCCUGUUACAGCAUCCUGUGUCGAAGCCGAUCCCCUCACCGUCGAAUAUGCCCGUGCCACGCUCGAAUUGAAUGGUCUUUCCCACAGCACAGCAUACCUGUAUCAUGGCGCUGUAUCGACAAAAGAUGCCGAAACUCAACUAUCACGCAAGAACAACGCAUUAUCUUACGGAGGAUUUGAUGGAAGAGGUAUCGAUGAUACCGCGAGCAGGGUCUCUACCUUUUCGCUAGGAACCUUGUUGUCCCAGUUUUGGAUGGUCGAUCAUGUUGACAUCGACUGUAACGGCUGCGAAGACCAACUUUUUGGAGAUGAAAGCACUUUGCAAGUAAUGACGGAGAGAGUCAAAUCAAUAUUUGUUGAAACGCACACUGCGCAGAAGCAUGAAGUUGUAAAAGAUGGGUUGGAUAGUAAAGGUUGGCUGAAGGAUUGUCCGUUUUACUUGGAUUUUCCCGAGCAAGAUCCGGUGAGUGGUGAAGUCAGUCCGGUGGACAAAGGACAAGGCGAGUUCAUUCCUGAGCUAGCGGGAUAUUUCUGGUGUCUAAACCCACGAUACCACUUGAUGUGA